UGUCACUACCUCUAUCCGGGGGUAUCCUGGCUCUAUCCGGGGGUAUCCUGGCUCUAUCCUGGGGUAUUCUGGGAAAUCCUGGGGAAUCCUGGCUCUAUCCUGGGGUAUCCUGGCUCUAUCCUGGGGUAUCCUGGCUCUAUCCUGGAAAAUCCUGGGGUAUCCUGGCUCUAUCCUGGCUCUAUAUGGGGGUAUCCUGGCUCUAUCCUGGGGUAUCCUGGCUCUAUCCUGGGGUAUCCUGGGGUAUCUUGGCUCUAUCCGGGGGUAUCCUGGCUCUAUCCGGGGGUAUCCUGGCUCUAUCCUGGGGUAUCCUGGCUCUAUCCUGGGGUAUCCUGGGGUAUCUUGGCUCUAUCCGGGGGUAUCCUGGCUCUAUCCUGGGGUAUCCUGGCUCUAUCCGGGGGUAUCCUGGCUCUAUCCUGGGGUAUCCUGGCUCCAUCCUGGGGUAUCCUGGGGUAUCUUGGCUCUAUCCUGGGGUAUCCUGGCUCUAUCCGGGGGUAUCCUGGCUCUAUCCGGGGGUAUCCUGGCUCUAUCCGGGGGUAUCCUGGCUCUAUCCUGGGGUAUCCUGGCUCUAUCCUGGGGUAUCCUGGCUCUAUCCUGGGGUGUCCUGGCUCUAUCCUGGGGUAUCCUGGCUCUAUCCUGGCUCUAUCCUGGGGUAUCCUGGCUCUAUCCUGGCUCUAUAUGGGGGUAUCUUGGCUCCAUCCUGGGGUAUCCUGGGGUAUUCUGGCUCUAUCCUGGGGUAUCCUGGGGUAUCCUGGCUCUAUCCGGGGGUAUCCUGGCUCUGUCCGGGGGUAUCCUGGCUCUAUCCUGGCUCUAUCCUGGGGUAUCCUGGCUCUAUCCUGGCUCUAUACGGAGGUAUCCUGGCUCUAUCCUGGGGUAUUCUGGCUCUAUCCUGGGGUAUCAUGGACCUAUCUUGGGGUAUCCUGGCUCUAUCCUGGGGUGUCCUGGCUCUAUCCCGGGGUAUCCUGGCUCUAUCCUGGGGUAUCCUGGGGUAUCCUGGCUCUAUCCUGCCUCUAUAUGGGGGUAUCCUGGCUCUAUCCUGGGGUAUCCUGGUUCUAUCCUGGGGUAUCCUGUGGUAUUCUGGCUCUAUCCUGGGGUAUCCUGGGGUAUCCUGGCUCUAUUCUGGGGUAUCCUGGGGUAUCCUGGCUCUAUCCGGGGGUAUCCUGGCUCUAUCCGGGGGUAUCCUGGCUCUAUCCGGGGUAUCCUGGCUCUAUCCUGGGAAAUCCUGGCUCUAUCCUGGGGUAUCCUGGCUCUAUCCUGGCUCUAUACGGGGGUAUCCUGGCUCUAUCCUGGGGUAUUCUGGCUCUAUCCUGGGGUAUCCUGGGAAAUCCUGGCUCUAUCCUGGGGUAUCCUGGAUCUAUCCUGGCUCUAUCCUGGGUAUCCUGGCUCUAUUCUGGCUUUAUCCUGGCUCUAUCCUGGCUUAUCCUGGCUCUAUCCUGGGGCAUCCUGGCUCUAUCCUGGCUCUAUCCUGGCUCUAUCCUGGGGUGUCCUGGCUCUAUCCCGGGGUAUCCUGGCUCUAUCCUGGGGUAUCCUGGGGUAUCCUGGCUCUAUCCUGCCUCUAUAUGGGGGUAUCCUGGCUCUAUCCUGGUGUAUCCUGGCUCUAUCCUGGGGUAUCCUGGGGUAUUCUGGCUCUAUCCUGGGGUAUCCUGGCUCUAUCCUGGGGUAUCCUGGGGUAUCCUGGCUCUAUCCGGGGGUAUCCUGGCUCUAUCCGGGGGUAUCCUGGCUCUAUCCGGGGUAUCCUGGCUCUUUCCUGGGAAAUCCUGGCUCUAUCCUGGGGUAUCCUGGCUCUAUCCUGGCUCUAUACGGGGGUAUCCUGGCUCUAUCCUGGGGUAUUCUGGCUCUAUCCUGGGGUAUCCUGGGAAAUCCUGGCUCUAUCCUGGGGUAUCCUGGAUCUAUCCUGGCUCUAUCCUGGGUAUCCUGGCUCUAUUCUGGCUUUAUCCUGGCUCUAUCCUGGCUUAUCCUGGCUCUAUCCUGGGGCAUCCUGGCUUUAUCCUGGCUCUAUCCUGGGUAUCCUGGCUCUAUCCUGGGGCAUCCUGGCUCUAUCCUGGCUCUAUCCUGGGGUAUCCUGGCUCUAUCCUGGGUCAUCCUGUUCUCUAUCCUGGCUUAUCCUGGCUCUAUCCUGGGGCAUCCUGGCUCUAUCCUUGCUCUAUCCUGGGGUAUCCUGGCUCUAUCCUAGGGCAUCCUGGCUCUAUCCUGGCUCCAUCCUGGGGUAUCCUAGCUCUAUCCUGGGGUAUCCUGGCUCUAUCCUGGGGUAUCCUGGCUCUAUCCUGGGGCAUCCUGGUCUCUAUCCUG